AUGAAAUCUUCAACAGUUGUGGACUUGAGAAAGUUGAAUCGAUCGACAAAUUUGAGCGAGAGAGGCAGUGAGAUUCGAGCGAGAGACAGAUUUCGAGAGGGAGAGAAAGAGAGAGCUCAGAUUUGGGGAAAAAAGGGGCGGAUUGAAAGGGAGAGAAAGAGAGUCAAGUUUUAUAAGAUUUUGAUGUCCAAAAAUGAUUGGGUCAAUAAAAUGAGAGAUGACCAAAUCGAACCCAAAAUCCUCACCUAUGUCCCUCAUUCUUUCGAUUUACCGGUACCGAUCUCAGUUGCUAUCAUCGGUACCGGCUUAGGUCAUGAAAAAAGUAGUGCCAUAGUCCCAGCAUGUGCCCCAAAUGGAGUGAAUCAUUGUGAGUUCUUCACAGAAUGUAAACCGCCAAGUUGGUAUUUUUAUGCCAAGGACUAUGGUCAUGUGGACAUGUUAGAUGAUCCAAAUUUGAUAUUAAGUCUUGCUUGUGUGAGUGGGGAGGGUGACAAGGACCCAUUUAAGAAAUGUUUAGGAGGGGUAUUUGUAGCAUUUUUAAGGGCUUGUUUGGAUGGUGAGAAUGAAGAUCUCAAGUGCAUUGUGGAAGAACCUACUAUUGCUCCUGUAACACUUGAUCCUGUCAUCCACAUUGAAGCAUAA